GUUCUGAACCCAAACCCACUUUCCAGCCAAGAAUUUCCACACCCGAGCUGCUUCGUGUCCCGCAACCCAACUCUGGGAACGUACCGGCCCUGCUGUGGUUAUGGUGCUUUGGGUUGCUGCCUGGUUGAAAAAAAUAUUUGGCGAUCAUCCUAUUCCACAAUAUGAGGUGAAUCCACGGACCACAGAGAUUUUAUAUCACCUUUCAGAGCGCAACAAGGCCCGGGACAGGGAUGUCUCCCUAAUAAUAGAGGACUUGAAACAAAAAGCAAGCGAAUAUGAAUCAGAAGCCAAGCAUCUUCAAGACCUUCUCAUGGAGAGUGUGAAUUUUUCCCCUGCCAGUCUCUCUAGCACUAGUUCCAGAUAUCUGAAUGCUUUGGUUGACAGUGCAAUGACGCUUGAAACAAAAGAUACCUCACUAGCUAGUUUUAUCCCUGCAGUGAAUGAUUUGACCUCUGACCUUUUUCAUACCAAAUCCAAAAAUGAAGAAAUCAAGCUUGAAUUGACAAAACUUGAAAAAAACCUAACUGCAACUUUAGUAUUAGAAAAAUGUCUACGAGAGGACGUCAAGAAGGCAGAGCUGCAUCUCUUUACAGAAAGGGCCAAAGUUGACAGUCGUCUUCAGAACAUGGACUUCCUAAAAGCAAAAUCAGAGGAGUUCAGAUUUGGAAUCAAGACUGCAGAGGAGCAACUUUCAGCUAGAGGCAUGGAUGCUUCUCUGUCUCAUCAGUCACUAGUAGCACUGUCAGAGAAACUGGCAGAACUAAAACGACAGACAAUACCUUUGAAGAAAAAACUGGAGUCCUAUUUAGAUUUAAUGCCGAAUCCAUCUCUUGCUCAAGUGAAAAUUGAAGAAGCAAAACGAGAAUUGGAUGCCAUUGAAGCUGAACUUACAAAGAAAAUGGACAUGAUGGGACUGUGACCAGAGCCAAACAAAUGUUGUUUCCCUAAGAGAAUCAAUUGAAUACAACUUUAAAGAAUGUUUUUCCUCUUAACAUUCCUUAAUAGCUUAAUUUCUGUGUCCUUAGUUGAGAUGUUAUUAUUGGUAAAAUAAUGUUUUCUUCUUGCAUAUUGCAUUUUUGUACCCAAAUGUAUGGUAUUCAUAUUAAAAAGCGUUUUC